UUGACGUUUCUUAAUGUGGUCUCUUUAUGCUGGUGUUUGUUAUGUUUAUAUUGUUUCGAAAUGCGAUGAAAGUUAUAGAUUCUUAAAUUUUUAGUGACUAAUAAUGUGUGAUGAGGGAAGUGAUUGUACGGAUAUUUCAGAAUUCAGACCUGGUGAAAGGUGGCCGCCCGUUGGUGCUAAUGAACUCGAUGACGAAACAGUUUCAUGUGGACAGAACGAUUGCAGGUUUACACCAGAAGAGAAAAGGUUGCGAGAUCUUGAGGAGCAGCAUGAGUCACUUAAUAGUGCACUUAUAUCUCUGACAACACAUUUUGCACAAGUGCAAUUUAGACUUCGGCAGAUAGUGGAGACAGAACCGGGAGAGGAAAAGGAAAAGUUGUUAAAAGACUUGGAAGCAUUUGCUUUCAGAGGAAUUCCUGAUGCUCCAGACAAAAAACUACAGGGGAUGCUUUUCCCCCCGUACUUUAGUAGUGAUGAUUUUGAGGAAAAAAUGCGCCGACAGAGAGAAAAACAAAAGGAACUCAUUUCACAGUUGAAAACACAGUUGGAAGAUUUGGAAAAAUAUGCAUAUGAAACAGGAGAAGCAGGUUUACCACAAAGUGUGCUUAUGGAACGGCAGAAAAUUAUCAUUGAUCAGCUGAAAGGGAAAUUGAACUUGAAUGUUGAUGACAUGUCCAAACUUACUGUGGAUGAUAUAAGAAGUGAAGUGGACCAGGCAAUCAGUAAACUUAUUAACCCACUGAAGAUGAAGGAAAAUUUGGUAAUGCAACUGAAAACACAGAUUUCAGACUUGGAGCGAUUCAUUGAAUUUCUUCAAGGUGAAGGUACUCCUGAAGUUUCAACAGGUGAUAAAGAAUGCGUACAUAAUUGCCCUGUUCACUGUGGGAAAUAUUCCUCGUAUUCAUCCAAGAAGAAAUAUAACUUUAGAAAUAGGGAUGAUAUUCGAGAGGAAACUAUUAAUAUAAUGAAGAAAGCUGCUUCUCUUUUACACAUGUUUGCUGCACUGCAGUUUGGAUGUGGUACAGAUAAAUUUAGGAAAAACUCUCUAAAAAGGACUGUUAAGGCAAAUCAUUGGGGGGAUUUAAGAGCUCGAUUGGAACUUGCAGUGGAUGAAGUUCUGUCAUUGAUCCUAAACCCUGUAAAAAAUGUUGAUGCAGAUUAUAUGUCAGAUUCUGAUCAUGAUUCAGCUUUACUAUGCAAUGCUGCAUUAACAUCUGCAGUUAGGAAAAAGCUUGCUGUGAGCAUAAAAGAUCUUUUGCAACAUGGUCUGAUGCCUAUUGGUCAAAGUGUAAGUGUGGUUCCAUUCAUUGCCUGUUUCCCUCAAACUAGUGAAAUAGAAAGAGAAGAGAUGCAUGCCUGGGAGUUGAUAUUAAAAUAUUAUGAGCUAAAGAAUGGCGAGAAAUACAAUUCGACACCAGCAAGAAAACUGUCACAGAGCUUUAAUCUUGAUAUUGUUGGAGGAAAUGCAAUCUCAAAUAAACAGAGCUUGUUGAGUGUCAUUGGAAACAUAAUUGUUACACACGCAAAAUACAAGAGAAGUUAUGAUUCACAUCUUAAAGCAUUUAUAUGUGCAGCUUUAAAUGCACAGAAGCUCGUCACUUGGCUGCGGCUCAUUUUACGGUGUCAGAAGCUUGUAGACAUGUACUACCAGUCCUGGAGUUACGUCGUUAAAACAGGAUUUGAAGACAGUUUUCAGAGCCUUGAUAGGCUGAGCCGGUUCAAAUUUGAUUUACCAGUUGAUUUGGCUGUUCGACAGUUGCAAAACAUCAAGGAUGCAUUCUGAAUCAAGACCUUUAAUCUAUUGAAUGAACUUUUUAUAAUUCUCUCUCUCUCUCUCUCUCUCUCUCUCUCUCUCUCUCUCUCUCUCACACUCUCUCUCACACACACACACACACACACACACACACACACACACACACACACACACACACACAACCUUAUAGAUAUAUUUAUAUAAACAGAGUAAAAGCAUUUUUUAAUUUUCAGUGCGGUAAUUUUGCUUGUGUGAUGAUAAUAAAAAAAGAUAGCACCUAAAAUCAAAGAUGUGUGCAGAAUAUUAUAAAUUUGUCUGAAAAAUAACACCAAGAACAUCUACCAAAAGAAGAAUGUGAUACAGAUGUCUCUCUCUCUCUCUCUCUCUAUCUAUCUGUCUAUCUCUCUCUUCAAUUUCUUACAUUGGAUGAUUCAUUAGUCAGGAAAAAUAUUACAAGCACAUUAUGCCAUUUUACCCCAAGAAAUGUCUCUUUUAUUCAUAAAUUGAUUAGUAUGAAUUUUAAAAAGCAUAUUAAUCAGACAAUGUGGAAUUUGGAUUAUUAGACAUUCUAAAGUCAUGGAGUUAUCGAAUAGGACAGCAGUUAUAUGGAUUGCUUGUCAGAUGUUGAAAAAUAUCUGCAAAAACUGAUAUCAUCAGGUUAUUGAAAAAGAGUGUAGAAAUUUAUAAAGCCACUCUUUCCCUCCCCCUGUCUCUCACGGCCUCCUCGCUGUGUCUCCCACCCCUUCUCCCCUCUCCCUCUCCUUCCCCUUUCCCUUCUCCUCUCUCCUCUCACUCCCUCUCCUCUCACUCCCUCUCCCCUCUCCUCUCACUCCCUCUCCCCUCUCCUCUCCUCUCACUCCCUCUCCCUCGCCACCCACCAAGAUUCAUAAGACACAUUUUUUCUAGUGUUUCUUCAGAUAUUUGAAAUUUCAUUUCUGUGAAGUGUAGCUGGAGUCAACUCAAGCAAUUGUUACUCAUUACAUUGUUCAUAUGACACCCGGUAUCAGUGAAAGCAGGGGUUUGUUUCCCAUGACAAAGAAAAUUAUUUUUAAAGUGGAAUUUUAUGUGGCCAUUUGACAGAGCAGUCUCAAAUUAGUCUAAGGCAAAAUUUGUUUUAUUGACAGCAAAAAAACUAAGAAUAACCAAUACAGCAACAGCAUCGCUCUGGCCCAUACUGACUGCUACUAUCAUGCAGCAGCUUUGCUUAAUCAUUGCUGAAGUACUGAUUAUUCUUCAUGUUUUACUGUAUCUGUUAAUGCAUGCUGAUAAAACAAAUAUCACAAUAGUCUCAUUUGACACUGCUCUGUCAAAUGCACAGGUAAUUGCACUUUCAAAAUGUGCUGAG